AUGCAGGAAGAAGAUGAAGAUUCCGGAGAGGAUCCCGAGUCCCUGGAAGGUCAUGAUGAGCAUGAAAUUAUAAAUGGACCCAACAGUGAAAAGAAAUAUGAGAAGGAUGACGAUGAAGAUGACAGUGGAGAUGAUACCUUUGGUGAUUUUGACGAUGGCGCAAAACAGGAAGAAAACUCAGCUGACUCCAAUCCCUCCGGGGAAGACAGUCACCAGGAUGUCACCAGUGAGAGCAAAGGCUUUAACAAGGCAGCCAAGAAGCCUCAGGCGGGUGACCAGACAGAGGACAGUGACAGAGACAGUGUGGAACCAUGGGGGACUGAUGGCCUCCAGGUGAAGAGAAAAUAUGACAAACAUGAGGACCUUGGCAAUGAGGACACGGCCAGCAGCAAUCCUCGGGAGGGUGACUCCACCCAAGACAGCGACAGUGUGGAGAGGUGGGGGAGGGUCGGCCCUAUGCAGCUUAGAAGCUAUGGGGAUGAGGAGCAGGAGAUGCUGAGUGAUGACCCCAACAGCGUCGGGAGUGAGACAAGCAAUUCCAGAAUGGACAGCGCCAGUGUGGAAUCAGAAGGGUCACAGGCAAGGAGCGAUGAGCGUGCCAGCACCCAGGAUUCGGGGGGGAGUCGGUCCGUGUCAUAUUCCAGCAGGAAGUUUCUGAGGAAAUCUCGCAUUUCUGCAGAAGAUGUCAGAGGUGAACUGGACGACAGCAACACGAUGGAACGCACCCAGAGUGACUCCACAGACAGCACCUACUCGACAGAGUCCAGCCCCAGCCGGUCCGGGGAGGACAGCCGGAGCGACUCUCAGGAAUCCCCAGAAGACAGUCAGGACAGGCGAGAUUCCAGCAGUGAGCCUGAGGAAGACAGCAGUGAGUCUGAGGGGGAGAUGGCCAGCGAGUCCAGGGGUGACAACCCAGACAGCACGACAGUCCACUCAGACAGUCAGGGAGACAGUGACUCCAGCCAAGAGAACAGCUUUGACACCUCCUCCAACUCAGAAAGUGCCACCACAGAGGAGCAGGCUGACAGCGACUCCCAGGAAAGUUCCAGAGACUCCGAGCCAAGCUCAGAGUCCACAGGGGAGGAGGAGAACAGUUCUAGUCAGGAGGGCUUCCAGUCAGAAAGUGCCUCAGCAGCCAGUCCGAGCGAGGAAAGCCAGUCUGAGGACAGCGAGUCUCAGGACAGCAGCCACUCCAGGGACGACAGCAACUCGACCGAGAGCACGUCCAGCAGCGAGGAGGAGGCCAAGGCCAAGGCCGCCGAGAGAGAGAACAGAAAGCUAAUGCUUGAUGCUUACCACAACAAGCCCGUCUGGGAUAAAGACGACAAUGAUUGCCAAGACGGCAACUAG